UCUCGCAUGUGUGUAAAUGAAACAGUGAGAGAAGUGGUGUGUUGGCAAUGAUUAGAACGAAAUAGUUCCAUAGCCAAAAUAUAUAUUUUUUGACUUUCCGCGUGUAUUUAAGAAUUUGUUUGGGUAUUUGUUAAGUUUGAACAUUUUUUUAAAUCUCUGGUGAAAUAAAAACGUUAUGUUAACGGUAAAAAAAUAUUACGUGCCGAAACCGUGGUCGCGCAUUAAUAAUGUUAAUAGUCACUUGUUUGUUUUCUCUUUCAGCCGCUUUCAGCAGCUCUUUAAGCAGUCUGCAGUCUGUACGCCAUUUUGCAGUGUGUUUUAAUAUAUUACUGACCGUGAAAUAACGUACAGUUUGUGUUUCAGGAUUUUGUGUUAAUAUUGUGUAUUUUAACUUUGUUAUAUUAUUUAUUAUCUACUAUUGUAAUGAUGGAAUUUGUUAUCGUUUUGAUAUUUUGUGUGGUUCUUGUGAUUGCUGUAAUGGUAAUUGGUUCCGGGAUGGGGAAAGCUACUUCGUCGCAGCGUCAGAUGGACAUCAUUAACGUCGCUCAGAACUUAUAUCUUUUAAUUAGGAAAGGCGACUUGAAGAAAUGUGACGUUACGCAGACGACCGCGUUUCUUCUCAACAUCGCAAAGUCAACUGUUCUCAAGUACUACAAGAAAGACAUUGAAGAAGUUUCAACACCAGGAAAAAAGAGGAAAAAAAGGCCACAGGAAGGAAAGUCACUUGACACAGUCGACGAUUUCACAGUAAAUGCAAUCAGGAAUGCAAUUUACAGGAUGUACGCUGAAGGUUUGAAUGUUACAGUCGACACCAUUUUGAAAGAAAUCAGGGAAAGACAAAUAGAUUAUUAUGGUGGAAGAUCAAGUCUUCAUAAAUUGUUAAAGAAGAUGGGAUUUUCAUGGAAAACUGUUGAUGGACGAAAAGCUUUGAUAGAGAAUGAAAACAUAGUAUUGCAGCGAAUAGAUUUCUUGAGAAAGUAUAAAGAAGAAAAAGAAAGAGGUGCCAAUUUCAUAUUUGUUGAUGAAACAUGGAUUUUCCAGAGAGGCAAGGCAUUAAUUUAUUUGAAAAUUUGUUCUGUGGUCCAAUACAAAGUAUUUCAUUUCCAUUUCAUAUAUUUUUCAGGAACUGUAUCAAAGUCAUGGCAGGACAAGAGUCUACAAUCUGCGAAGAGACGUACUGUUGGAGAUGGUAAAAGGUUUAUUGUUGUUAAUGCUGGAGGGCGCACUGGCUUUGUGCCAGGAGCAGGAUUACUUUUUGUUUCAGGUCAGAAGACUGCAGACUACCAUGGCGAGAUGAAUGGGGAAACUUUCUUGAUGUGGUUUGAAGACAUGUUGGUGCAUCUUGAGGAACCCAGUGUCAUCAUAAUGGACAAUGCUUCAUAUCACAGCACCCAGGUUGAGAAAACACCUACAACGAACUGGACCAAGGCUGCACUGAUCGCGUGGCUGGAGAAGAAUGGGAUAAAACAUGAAAAUAAUUUGUUGAAAGUGGAGCUGCUGAGAAUAGCUAAACAAAACAAGCCCCGAAUACGGUAUAUUAUUUCGUUUUUUUUACAGCAUUUCUUUAAAAGUGAGAUAGUUGCAAAAAAUUACGUAUACACCUUGUUCUAACACACUUUUCAGAUAUGAGGUAGACGAGUUGGCUCGUAACUAUGGCCACGAAAUUCUACGACUCCCACCCUAUCACUGCCACUAUAAUGCAAUCGAACUAGUUUGGGCUCAAUGUAAACACCAUUACAAUAGUAACGUGGGGCGGGCCAAGAGAUUUGACAAUGAUGCAGUUGCAGCCAUCUGGAAAGAGGCUCUUGAUGCUUCCACACCAGAGAGAUGGGCGAGGUGUGUGGAUCACGUGGAGAAGCUAAUUCAAGCAGACUGGGAGAGAGAAGUCCACAUAGACAGCGGCACCAUUCCUCCACUCAUCAUCCACCUCGGCGAGGAUAGUUCAAGUGAAGACAGUGACAGCGAAGAAUUUGAGGUUACGACACAGCAAGUAGAUGGAGACAGUGAAGUACUGGCAGUUCCUCUUGAUGAUUUACCCGGGUGUUCUUAUUGAGGUCUGUAUGUAAUAAACACCUGGGCAACUGUAAGUAUUGGGGUUUGAAACAUUUUUUUUUUCUUUUAUGCAUUCCCAUGAAGUAUGUUGAUUACUGGAACUUUAUGUAUUAACUUUAUAUUACACGUAUUAUGAAAUGAAUAUUAAAUUUCAUUUCUGGAUUCGUAUAGGUGUAUGUGAAACAUUUUAUUUUGUUGUGUGUCUUCAUUUUUCAGUGAACUUACUUGGAAAACAAAAAGCCAGUCCCCAUCCAGGGCCACAAAUAAAUAAUGCAUAUAAGUGGUAUAGAAAUUACUGUCAAUUCUUCACCACAAUUUUACUGUUCAUAAAAUUAUGAUUUUGUCUAAUAAGUAUACUCAGGAAAAUGUAUAUAACCAUAUUUUUAUUUGUGGCCUUAACCGGCAAAAUGGUAGGGGUUUAUUAAAUAAAAGAAGAAAAUUCAUUUUUAAA